GCUUCCAAGUAGUCUUACUCAGUAGCUUAUUCCGGCUGGGUCUGUUCUGUAUAUGGUCUGGCAUGCGUAAUGGAAUUUUUACUACGUCUCAUUCUGAUUACCGUUAAAUUACUUUCGCUUUUUGUUGCUACAUUUGGUUGUUUCCUUAAAUCACCAAAACGCCCACGCACCUCUGGCCUGCCGGCGAUAAGAAAUCGUUUGUUAACCUUAAGUCUCCAGGAGCUGCGUGGUCGUCUGCGUGCCCGUCAGCUAACAUCAGUGGAAUUGGUUAGAGCUUAUAUAGAACGCAUUGAGGCGGUUAAUCCCCAACUAAAUGCUCUGGUAGAAUCUCGUUUUGAAGCUGCUCUCGUUGAUGCAGCCAAAGUCGAUGAGCUCAUCGCUCAUGCUAAAGAUGUGGAUAAACUCUUUCAAGAUCGUCCGCUUUUGGGUUUGCCCAUGACAGUGAAGGAAUCAUGUGCUCUCGAUGGCAUGUCUUUUGCUGUGGGCAGUUUGGCAAGAAAGACAAUCAAAGCCGAUAAGGAUGGAGUUGUGGUGAAACGUUUGCGUGCCGCGGGUGCUAUACCCUUGUUAGUGUCCGCCACCCCUGAAUAUUGUUAUAGUAUUGAGACGGAUACCCUCUUGAAUGGACACUGCUGCAAUCCAUAUAACUUUGAGCACACUUCCGGCGGAAGUUCUGGCGGCGAAGGCUCUCUCAAUGGUGCUGGCGCCUCUCUCUUUGGUGUGGGCUCUGAUAUAGGCGGGUCUAUACGUAUACCCAGUUUAUUUUGCGGUGUCUUUGGACACAAACCCACUGGCAAAGUGGUAACUGUUGAGGGUCAUUUUCCCAAUUCCACGGAUAAGGAUUUUGAGCAUUAUUUGGUUCUUGGCCCCAUUACAAGAUUUGCCGUAGAUCUUCCUGAUCUACUGGAAGUGAUGGCCGGUGAGAAUGCAGAAAAAUUGCGACUGCGAGAGCCGAUUCAGUUAAGCCAACUGGAGAUACAUUAUGCCUUUGGUUUCGAGGGUCUCAAUGGUCGAAUGCAUCAGCCCGUGGAUGAGGAGAUUAAAGAAGCCAUAGCCAGAGCUGUGGAUCACCUCAAAAACUUGGGCCUAGCCGUGCAAGAAGCAGAUUUAUCUGGCCUAAACAAUUCCACUGAGAUUUCUCUCUCUGGGGUAGCAAGUCUGGGUAAAAUGAAUUAUGUGCUCGAUGCCGAGCCAACGGAGGGCAAAGGUAAAGUUCGCGAGACUCUGGGUGAGCUAGUUCGCAGCUUCCGAGGUCAAUCCAAUUACACAACAAACGCUUUGAUCUUUGAUCUCAUGAGACGCACAAACGCCUUUAUGCCGGCUAAAAAGUUGGAGCAGUAUCAGGCCGAAGCAAAGUGGCUAAUUGAAGAGUUCACACGAUUGCUUGGCCAAAAUGGUGUUUUGCUGUUUCCCACCAUGCACGCGACCGCCGCCAGACACAAGUGGACCUUUUUCCCCUUGUGGGGCAUUGAUUAUACAUUGCUGUUCAAUGUUCUGGGACUGCCAGUGACUCAUGUGCCCAUGGGUUUGAGCUCUCGCACAGGUCUUCCCAUUGGGUUCUCGGUUAUAGCUGGUCCUCAUCAGGAUCGUCUCUGUCUCAAAUUAGCCGCGGAAUUGGAACGGGCAUUUGGUGGUUGGUGUCCACCUACGCCACACGAAUUGGAUAAUUAAAUACCAUUGAUAAGCAGCAUUAAAAACUCCAACCGAUUUUAACUUACACUUAAAUUACCAGUGUUGAACAUUUGUUUUCAAUAACUUAAGUAGAUUAUUUGCUUUAAUAAAUUUUUCGGUAUCCUCUGUCAUUGAAAGUUGUA